AUGACAGACUUAUGUAGUGACAGUUGCAGCGGCAGCAGCGAGCGUGGUGGCCACGGCGGCGGCGGAGAGCGGGGCGGUCACAGCACGCGCCCGCCGGCGCGGCGCACUGGCUGCGCUAACCCGAAACGUCGGUUGCGGCCGACAGCUCCAGUGACCACGCAAAAAGAAGUUGUGGACACCUCGUGUCAGGCCACUCCGGCGAUGCCCAAUGUGCAAGAGGCAAGCAAUCAUGUCCCUGAUGCAUACAGCAAUGGCAGUGAACAUAUAAGUAAAGAAAAACGUAGAUGCAAACCUGUCAAAAGAUAUGGAAUAGAUGACGUUUAU